UCACCCACGGGUGUCGUCGGGUGUGAGUGUCGUCGAGYAAGUACUAAGUGGUGGCCGGCUACGACCGUUACGUCGUUCGGGGGCCUGCGAGCCGCGGGCGUUCAGUGGCGACUGGCGAGUGGCCAUUGCCCGUUGGCCGCCGUUCAUCCGACACUCGGAGUCUCGGUCACUGCUCAAUGCUCAUACUGCUCAUAGACCAUACCGCCACAGUGCUCAGCGCUCGGCCCAGUCAGCAGUUGUGGGUUUCGCGCGGCGCGUCGUCAUCGGUAGGGUCCGGAUCCGGUACAAUAUAGGUUAUCGAUUUGGCAUUCACCGGCGCGCACUCUAAUGCCCGCCGCCAGUUUCCGUUUGUAAUAUUACUGCUAAAACGUCAAUUCGCUGUGUAUAAUACAUUAAUAUUAUAUUCGCCGUUCGUGAUCCAUUCGCUAUUUUUCGCUGGUGGACGAUCUCUUCGGGUCACCYCGUCAUCGUACUGUUGCGCGUUGAUUAAUAAUUAAUAAUUAUAAUUAUUAUUUAAUUACGAUCGCGCCCAGUGCCGAUUGAUUUAUUUUUCUGACACAUACAACUGUUUACGGUCCGUACGGAUCAGCGUAACCCGCGAAGACCGUUAUUUAUGACCGUCAAGUGUCAAUUUUGAAGUUUUUCCACUACACACGAAUUUAUAAUAUUUCACAUACUUAUACCUAUCUAUUUUUGGUUUUCGCAAGACUGACGAGUCUCUAGGUAAUAUGUGGUCGAAAAUAAUUAAAGCCAGCAAUCAUGGACUUGUGCGCGGUGUGGUCAUAUACUCGGUCACCUGGCCGUUGAGCAGCUUGAUACAACAGUCACUAGAGCCGUCAGCCACCAAAAACAUUGAUUUGCAACGAGCGGCAAAGUUUAGCAUGUACGGUGGACUCUACGUAGCACCCAMUUUGUAUGCGUGGAUGAGAUUUGCCGGUUAUGUUUGGCCUUCGAUGACAAUUACUAGUCAUAUAACAAAGGCAGUUGUUGAACAAUUUUCAUAUGGUCCAUUUGCAAUGGCUAGUUUUUUUUUCUUUAUGACACUUUUGGACGGAGGUACAAUAGAAGAUGCAAAAAUAGAAGUUAAAGAAAAAUUUGUUUCUACCUGGAAGAUAGCYGCAAUGGUUUGGCCAGUAUUACAAACAAUAAAUUAUUGUGUUAUUCCUGCACAGAAUCGUUUGAUAUUUGUCAGUUUUGCUGGAUUGAUAUGGACCACAUUUUUAGCCUAUAAAAAGUAUGAAAAGAAUAAAUCUAUACAGAUUGCUGAUAAAACAACUGAUUGAUAGCAAACAUUUUACAUUUAUUUGACUGUUUUGAAAUUAGUUUUUUUGACAUUGUUUGUUAUUAUUGAUUGUUAUUGUUAUUAGYUCUUUAAACUAUUGUUGCCAAAUAUUUUAUCUAUUAAAAUAUAAUUUAUGUUUGAACUUUGAUCAAUGGUGCAUUUACAGGGUAGAGAGGAUUACAUCAAUCCUAAAGAAUCAAAAACACCUUAUACAUAAGUAUUUUUAAAUUGUUGAUAAUAAUUUCAGUCAACAUGAUCCAUUUCAUUAUAAGUAAUAUUUCUUUACCUCGACUUUACCUAUCAAAAAAAAUAUUGUAAAUACACCAUUUGAUAUUGUAUUACACCAUUGUAUUACAACUUGUGAAAUUUGUAUUUUGAAAAGUUGCAAUACAUUUGAAAUGUUUUUAAACUCCUAUUUUUGUUAUUUGMCAACACUAGUCAAAAGAAUUGUUGUUUAGUUAAAUAAUUUAUAUAAAUGCAAUUAUUUAUUGAAUGUUAUAUUAUUAAGUCUGAUAAAGGCUUUCAAUUUACUAUAA